AUGCAGACGGUGGACAAGAGCGUGGAGGCCGCGGCCAAGAACAAAGACAAACUCGAGGCGGGCAUCAAGAGCGCUGGCGCCAAGGCCGGCAUCUCCCAGACCGCCCUGGAUGCUGGCGUGAAGAAGGUGGAUGCGGCCCUCUCUGACAAGGAGGGGCUGAAGAGCACCAUCAACAAAGCGCUUGGCAAUGAAACAACCCCGGCUGCCGCCACUGAGGCCCCCGCUGUCAUGGCGCAGUAA